UUCUCAUAUAGCCUCAUCUCCGUCUGAAAGUUUGAAAAUAUUUUUCAGAAGUUUGUUUUUUUUUUUUAAAGAAAACAACAAAGUGCAAAGCUCGGAUCUUUUUGAUUUGAUAUCAUGAAUGAUAAAUUUGGUAUCAUGAACGAUGAGCAAAUGAAUUCUUGUUAAAUUAUAGGUAAACCCUUUGGCCCUUGGAAGCAAAGUGCAAAGAGGAGGUGCUUCUUGAACUGUACCAUAGGUUCGUAUUAGCUUGCAGUUUGGACUUCGAAGCUAUGUCUUCAUAUGCUCGUCAAAUACAGCAGCAACACUCUGCACCUAGUCUCUCAGACGAUUCCGAUGAAGUUUUUUCUUUCGUGUUUUGCAGAGACAAGAAGCCAUUAUGAGCUAGAGUCAGGAUUCUUCAUGAAAUCGUUUACUGCAACAAUCUUUGUUGCUUCACUUGUCACCCUUGGGGUUCUACUAGUUACGUUGGUCAUUUCCUUGGUGAUUAUGCUGCAGUCCUGCCAAAGUAAAAGCGCUGGAGUAAUCGAGCUUCUGAAUAUAAAGGACUAUUACAGUUAUUGCAGGUUGUAUUCUCUGCAUGCUGAGCUCAAUAACUUAGAAGGAUACAAUCUUCCCACAACAUGCAGAAACCUGGCUGUUCAAUAUAUCAAAGGAGGUCAAUAUGCCAGAGAGUUGGAUUUGGCUAUGUCUGUGAUUGACGAUUACUUCAAGAAUGUUAAACCUUUAGAGGAUGGAUUGGAUGUGAUUUUGAUGGACAUAGAUUACAUUUUCCCUUGGAAUCACUCUUCCAAUUUGUUUCACAGGUUUUAUAAUGACAGCACUAGCAACUGUAUUAAAGAGGCAAACAAUGUAAAGCUCAUGUUUGUUUUAAGAUUAUACAUGUACCUGCAAACUGGUGGAUGGUCUAUAAUUUUGUUAUCAAGAGAACCUAGAACAUACCGAAACGUCACCAUUAAUCAUCUUGUCUCUGCGGGAUUUAGAAGCUGGUCUGCCUUGAUAAUGAGAGCAGAAGAUUCAGAUCCUACGAAAGGGUAUGAGUACUUUUGUGGCAAAAGGAAUGUGGUAAGGAAGAAAGGCUUCCGAAUAAAAAGCAUCAUAAGCAGCCAUAUGGAUGCCGUGACCGUUCGAGAGACUGGAGAGCGAAAUUUUUUACUUCCAGACCCUCUGUGUGACAAGUUUAUGAGAGAGCAUAGAUACUGAAUGUUAGUUUCAUCAUUCAUCCUUCGGGAAGAGAGUUCCUUUUAUUAUUCUCUGAAUCUAAGUUUGUUCUUGCCACUCAUUUAGCACCAAUCCUACUAUCUAAUCUUUCCUCGAGGCUAAAAUAGCUCUCCAACUUAGAGGUUUGUUUGUUAUGUGGUUGUAGAUCCUUGCAUACUCAUGUCUGAGACAUUACGAGUAUGUUUGAAAACCAAUUAAUCAAAUGCAGGAAAAUUUCGUUUUACUGAUGUCGAUAAGGCAUUUAAAUGU